AUAACAAGCCUGUGUAUUGGAGCGCUGAUAUACGGUGCAAUCUUUGCUUGCUAUCCGUACUUCUUUGACUCGGUCCAUUAUCAAUUCUUCAACUGGUAAAGCUGUUUUGAAACAUUCUGUCAUUUUAGUAACCAAACUUAAAUAAACCUAUCCAUAGGAAGCGUGUGAAGAUGAUAUCAUUGGUAAGCUUUUUAAAUGAUAUCGUCUCGAGUUUGGUACUUUACCCUUUCUCCGCCUGUAAUCAUCUAGGUAUCUCUAAAUGACUUAAAUAUCAUACUAGUGCACCUAACACUGUAGCACUGUUGACUGGUUAAGCAAUAUUACGAUCACAACUAUCACGGGAGAACGGGUAAAGCUGAAGAAUAUAAUGUCUGCAGGUGGAGUAUAUGCGACUUUGUGUACGACGAGAAGAACCACAACCAAUCCCUGAUUUACAGUCUAGUAAUGGGACCAGUCCCCAUGUGCUGCUCUCUACUGGUGAUCAUAGUUACCAAUGUUAUCAUAGCUAGAUACCUCUUUCUCAGAUACAAUAAAUCGUGGGAAAAGUCGAAAAGUGGAGAAACUUCUGCUACAGAUAAAGCUCAAAGUAGGCAGAUCGUAGUUUCGCUCCUACUGAUGACAUCCUGGUACUUCGUAUGCUACUCUAUCAUCAUAUUCCACAACUUCAAAAACCUGCUUAUCAAUGUCCAGAAGAAUUCAUCCGCUAAUUCUGUCAUCACCGAUUUGGGUGAUUUAGGACAAACCUACUUCUACGCAACCUACAACUUCUGUGCUUACCUGAACAGCUUUGCAAAUCCCAUCAUUCACCUGGUCUGUGGGAACACCUUCAAAUCAGAGCUUCUCAAGAUGAAGGACAGUGUAGCUAUGCAGCUGAAAAGUGUCAUCACUCACUCUGAACAUUGACCAUUUGACCAGUCCACAAAUUAUAUUUAUAACAGAUACAGAUCAAUUGGCAUAUCUUAGCCGGCAGCCUGGGAAAGUGAUAGAGAUAAUUUGUGCUUUUACAUCGGGUAUAUUUAGUACAUAUAAACGUGGCCUGCAGACAGAAAACAUAUCAGUUAAAUUCUGGUAUUUUAGUUUGAGUUUUACUAGGGACACUGGGGGCAUGGUGCGUACAGUACGCAGCGUACUCGUAGGUAUGAGGUAUCUCGGACUGUUUGACUUGGGUAGUUCAUCUACGCAAUCUGUUUACAUAUAUUUACUUUUAGUAGUUAUGGUUACUGCUUAGUUUGUAUAGAUUAAUUAUAGGGUCAAUGUCUUUGUUUGGUUAAUAGUCAGAAGUAUAAUCAAGUUUAUAAAAAUAGCGACAUAAAUAUGAGAAUGAGAAUAUAAGAAUACGAACGCGAUAAAAAUAAAUUGUAACUAUGUAGGCUGUUUUUUAACCAUAAAAGUGAACGUGAUGAAAUAAACUGUGCUGAAUUUGCAACGCUGAACGAAAAAUGUAUUUAGGUGCUAAUUUCGUCAAAAUAUUUGUCUUCAGUUAAAUUCUAGACUUUUCAAGAUGUCUGGUUCAACAAGCAACAGAACGAGAAACAACCUGGUACCAUUGAUCUCUAAUCUAUUGAAUCACGGCUACGAAGAUGGAUAGGAAAUUUAUCUGACGAGGUUCCUUUUCAUAGCUGUCAACUACAGAAUCUCAGUAAUUUCCCGUAACUUCGUGCCGGAGCACGAGAGCUUAGGAAUUCCGAAUUGUGUAUCAUGUUUAACUUUAGGUUUUCCCAAACUUGUGUUUUCCUAUUAUGUCUUCAUUGUCAAUGUGUUGGGAUUUUCAUUUUAAGAGCGUACAUAUGUUUCCGCGAGGUACAAACCAUCAUUUCGUAACGAGCAAUUUGCAACAUAUUAUCGUUGAUAUGCCACGUUCAAAAGUAAUUUUUGUAACAUCACAUUGAUUCAGACACUCGUCACUCACCGCUCACAUACCCUUUCUUUUCUAAUAUAUGAACAGUAUCCCCUCAAUUCUAAAAUGUUUCAUGCUGAACAGCUGAACAGCUGAAAGUUUUCACAAACAAUUCGUCGUUGUUUUCAAAAUAGAUUGCACUGUUAAAAAACACAAACAACAUUUUUCUCUGUUCGUGUUACUGUUAUGUGAAGUUUUAUCUUUAUGAUAUAAAACCUGCUGUUCAAGUUUAACCUCGUGUAUUUGUCGUUGAUU